AAGCUGUGGCGAAAUAAUUUUUUGCUGCAUUUAAAUAAAAAUAUUGUUAACAAAUGAGCCGUACUCCGCUGGACACUUGGUCCAAACGUGAACAAUUAUGCCUGGCCUCGGCAGUUUCGUGCAGCGGUGACCAGAACUGGAUAACAGUUAGCCGCACGCUAAAAUCUGUUUGCGGCAAUGGCAGCGCUCGACCGGCGGAUUGGUACUCGCAAAAGAAUUGUGCCGUGCAGUAUGGCCACCUGCUGGAAACGGUGGAGACAACCAAACGCAAGAAGCGCACUAACGAAAGCAGCAGCGGCUUCUCCUCGCCAGCCACUGUGGCCGUGGAGACGCCUACAGAGCUGCUGCUGCGCCGGCUAACGGAGGAGCGUUUGCUGGAGAUCAAAACUCAGAUGCGUCGCGAUCAGGAGCUGUAUAGCCAGGUGCAGCGGGAAAUCGAGACACUGCAAUCGGAUGAGAUGAGCGAGCAGCAGCUGCAACAAAUGUGGCAGGAAAUCGAAAAGGAGCAGGAAACCAAGCGCAUUGACGAAAUGAAGCUGGAGAAUCGCAUGCGCGAGCGUGAGCAGCGCAAGAAAGACAUUUCGGGCAACUGGCGCAACAACAGUGGCAGCGGAAGACGCUCCAACCUGGUCGCAGACACAACAUCCGUCGAUAUGGAUGUGGAGGAUAUUGCAGGCAACAACAACAACAAUAACAAGCAACCCGCGGCCCCCGCGCCUUUGUUAACAUCGCUGCUCAAAUCGCCCGGCGGCAGCAGUGGCAGCAGCAGCAACAGUAACAAUGCCACAUCGCCAACGGGUAGUUCCGGUGGAGCAGGCGUGGCGCGCGCGACGGCAGCGGCGCCAACGAUAACCUCGCUGCUGACAAGCGGCGCCAGCGCCAUGCCCAAUCAGCCGGCAGUCAUAUUGAAAAGUCCAAACGACCCGGCAUUUAUGACGCGGCCCAUAAGCGGACCACCUGUAGCUGAGGUGGCUAUAACUGGACGCAGUCCCUCACAGGCAGCACCGACGCUGUCCAUGCUGCUGGAGAAGAAUAAAGUAGCUGGAGGUGCAGCAGCUGGAGCUAAGGUGAACGAGACGCCAGCUAAGCCUGUGGAUGAUGAGCUCAACUCCAGUCAAAAACAAGCUACUGCAGAGCUGGACGCUGCGCCGGCCGCCGACGAUAUCGCAGAUGAAUCGGAUGCCGAGACGCAACAAUUGCUUGAGGUGUUCAAAAACAUGGACGACAUAAUAAACGAUAUAGACAUUGAUAUCGCCGGCGUCAUUGAUGAAGAAAUACUUAAGGAUGUGGACAAUGUGGUCUCACCCGUUGCGCCGUCAGCCAAAGCUGAGGUAGUUGACUUUGAGGUUGUCCUCAAUGCUUUAAAGGGUGACGACUGUGUCCCAUCGCCUACACAGCAGAAAGCGCAGGAAGUGGUGAUUGGUUCCAGUGAUGACUCCAAUGACAAUAUACCGCUGGCCGCAGUGGCUUCGCAGGAAAGCAAAGACCGCAAUCAGCAGUCUGUCGAGAGCACAGAGACAGCUCCUGAUGAGGCGGCUGUCGAGGAUGAGCUGACCGAGACCAUAACAAUUGCCAGCAGCUCCAGUGAGGAUGCAGUUCGGGAACAGACCUCAGCUGUGGCAGUGGCCGAUCCGGUGGAGGCAGUGGAAACGGCAGCCGUCAAGUCGCCUGCGGCUGUAAGCGACACAGCCGAGACUAGCAGAAAACCCGAAGAUUCUGCCCAGUUGGCGGAGCCAGAUGCCAAAGCUGAGCAAGCAGAGGCAAUUAGCGAAGCGCCCAAGGAGGAGUCCAACAAGGAGGCAGAGAAAGCUGCAGUCGAGGCCAACACAGAGCUGAAAACGCCUGGGCCCACGGCUGCCAGUUCGGUGCACGACACAGAUGAGGAAACCUCCUCGCUGACAGACAGCAGCAAGACGGAUGAGCCCACACGCCACAGCGCCAAAUCAUCCAAGCAACACACUGAAAGCAAACCCGAUGCCGAGUCCAGCCACAUGACGCGUCAGACGCCGCCCCGCGGCUCGGGUAUAAACAGCACACCUGCACCCGCACCUGCGCCGGUGCCGGCACGACCGCCGUUGCUGCGCAAGUUGCCGCAUCGGGAUCGCUCCGAGAGUCCCAUGGUGGAUGAUGAUACGACAACGGCCAGCGAUCAGUCGAUAACAGCCAGGUCUAGUACGCGCAGGCGCUGCUCCUCUACGCCGCUUAUAGACAGCAUACCCAAUUCUCCGGCGUCCAGUGAGCACACCGACGAUCGUCGCGAGACGCGCGGCGCCUCCAAGAAGCACUUCCUGGCCAUUUACAGCACACUGCUGGAGAGCAAGUAUGCAUCGCCCUUUCGACGCGCCUUUCACGACGAGCAUCCGCACAAGCAGACGGAGCUAUGCCUGCGACCCAUGGACCUGCCCACCAUUAAGCGCAACAUCGACUCCGGCCAUCUGCGCAGCAUCAGCGAACUGCAGCGAGACGUGGUGCUCAUGUGCCAGAAUCUGCUGCUCAUCUACAAGCCACAGACCACGCAGCACAAGACGGCGCUGCUGUUCAUGCAGGAGAGCCGCUCCCUCAAGGAGUUUGCCACGUGCAGCCAAACGGCAUCCGACAAUAGUUCCGCCAGCAGCACCAGCGGCAGGGCGGAGAAGGAGAAGGACAAGGAGCGCACGCCUGCCGGCAACAAGGCGCGCAGCGGUUCGCGCAAGAGCCAAAGGCAUCAUUAGACUAAGAUUAACAUAAAUCAUGAUUAAGAUAAACAUAAAUCCAAA